CGGCCGGCGCGCGGCGCGAUGGCGGCCGCCGUGGGCCUGUCUUCCUCGCCGGCUUCCCCGGCCGUGAGCGAGCUGUGCCGGAACGCCCGGGAGAUCUUCUUGGAGGCCUCGCGGCUGCUCCUCAUCUACGCGGACAACAUCCUCCGAUAUCCUUAUGAAGAAAAAUACAGAUUCAUUCGGAUAGGAAAUCCAGCAUUUUCUACUAGGCUGUGGCCUGUUAAAGGAGCAGUUGAAUGUUUGUUUGAAAUGGGGUUUCAAGAGGGAGAAACUCACCUGGUUUUCCCUAAGGAAGCAUCGAUUGAUCAGCUACGUAAAAUCAGAGAUUUAAUUGCUAGAGAGAGAAGUAGCAGACUGAAUGAGUCAGAUCACAUCCACAGAUCAGGAUCUUCUGAAACUGUAGCCAGCACUCAGGCACUUGCACGUCAGCCUUCAAGACCUACUGAUUCUGUUCUUGCCCCUGCGCAUCAGCAAGUAGAAACAUCACCUGCACAACCUCUUGAAAUGGCUGCAAAUAUCUUGAAAAAACUUCAAACAAACUUUGAACAUCUUGUACUGGUGUAUGAGAAUCCUUCUCUUCAGCAGAAAGCACUAGCUUCAAUUCCCCUCCAAGAAUUGAAAGGGAAGGCUCAAAAAAAGCUAGCACAAGCUACACUACUGGAUAAAGGUGCACAUGUGAAUGAAGAGGACUUCGUACUGUUGGAGCUUUUGAACUGGUUUAAGAAUGACUUUUUUCAUUGGGUAAAUAAUCUUCCUUGCAGCAGAUGUGGUGGGCAGACAGAGCCUAAAGAUAACCUGUCACCUAGUGAUGACGAUCUAAGGUGGAAUGCCAGUCGAGUGGAAAAUCAUUACUGCAACCAGUGCCAGUUCUGUAAUAGAUUCCCAAGGUAUAAUAAUCCAGAGAAACUUCUGGAAACCAGACGUGGACGUUGUGGCGAGUGGGCUAACUGUUUUACACUGUGUUGCAGAGCUGUAGGGUUUGAAGCUAGAUAUGUCUGGGACAUUACAGAUCAUGUGUGGACUGAGGUAUAUUCUGCAUCUCAGAAAAGAUGGCUUCACUGUGAUCCCUGUGAAAAUGUCUGUGAUAAACCUCUUCUCUAUGAAACUGGGUGGGGAAAGAAGCUCUCCUACAUAAUUGCUUUCUCCAAAGAUGAGGUUGUUGAUGUCACCUGGAGAUACAGCUGUAAGCAUGAAGAAGUACUCUCUAGAAGGACAGUUAUCAGUGAAGCUACACUACGAGAAACAAUUAACACACUUAAUAGAAAGAGACAACAAUUUAUGUCAGAAAACAGAAGAAGAGAGCUCCUGGAAAGAACAAUCGUGGAGCUUGUUGAGUUCAUUUCUCCUAAAACCCCUAAACCUGGUGAAUUUGGUGGAAGGACAUCAGGUUCAGUGGCUUGGCGAGCAGCCAGAGGUGAAAUUGGCUCCAAGAAGAGAAAAGAAGUAAUUUUUAUUCCCUCUGAAAAAGAGAAGACAUCUAAACUGUUCCACCUGACCUACAAUGUAGUAGAAGAUAGUUAUACACGGAUUUCCAAUAAUAAUGAAAAAAUAACUGGCUGGGAAGCAGGUGUUUGGAAGGCAGAGUCUAUCUGGAGGAAGGUUGAAACGGACUGGAAAAUGGUUUAUCUAGCCCGAAAAGAGGGGUCUUCCUCUGCUUCCAUCAGCUGGAAGUUUGAGUGUAAGUCAGUUGGUCUAAAAAUAGAUAAUAUGUCAAUUAGGACAAGCAGUCAGACAUUUCAAAGUGGAAGAAUAAAGUGGAGAGUGUACUCCCCCACAGCAGAAAUUCCUCUGUUAGGAGAUAAAAGUCUUUGCUCCUGUUCAGAUUUUUCUGGUGCAACAGAAGUUACAUUGGAAGCAAUCCUAAAUGGAGGGGAUGGUGAAGCUGCAUGGCAACACACCCAGCUGUUCAGAGAAAACUUAACAGGAUAUGGAGAAAAUUCCUUGGAGAUAAUUAUAAAACUUACUGACCUCUGAGAACCAAAACAGAAGAGAUGUUCUUUGAAUUCCUUGAAUACAUUAUGGAAUGGAUACAACACGCAGAUUUGGGUGGCAAUUCCCACUGGUCCUGCUGACAGUUUAUUUCCUGUUUCACACCUUCCAUGUAACCAACUUGAAACUGCACCUGUAUUGAAUAGGUAACAUCACAACGAAAACCUUUACUUUAAAAACAAACAUCAAAAUUCAGGAAUUGAAAGAUAAAGCUAAUACCCCUUUCCUUAUCUAUAAUGAAGAGGAAACAUUUUUUAGAAAGCAAAAUAUGAUCAUAAGAGCAUAGGAGAAAUUUUAAUUCAGAGUUUUGGAUUGAUUUGUUGUUUUUUAUAAUCUGCUAUUUGGAGUUACUGUUGGAGUUCCAUUUUUUUGGUAGAUGACAACAGAUGCAUUGUGAUGAUUUUAAAAUAUUUUAGUAGACUCAUAGAAGACUUGCUUAGAUGUUUUAAAAGAGAUGAUUUUAUGUAAUAAGCAGAAAAGCUGACAUUAAGACAAAUAUUUAAGCAAACUUAGAAUGGUCUUGUUGGAUAUCCAAGUGUUAAACUUGGGUUUAAUACCUAGACGUGUUUCGAAGUAUGAUGGUGUAGGAAAAUAAAUUAAUUUUAAAAAGUGUUCAUUAUGUAUCUAAAAUUUUGUCAUGGCCUGCAAUAUGAAAUAGAGAUUUAAAACUGGAUAAGAACAUCAGAUUUUUUUCUGUGAAAAGUAGAUUAUUCAUUUUACGUAUUUUUGUAUGAUAUAAAUUCAAUUUUGUCCCAACUUUUAAUUGAAACAUUUUAUUGAGCAUGUACAUUGAAAUCACUUUUAAGCUAUUGUGUUUAGUUGCAUAGAAUACUAUUCCCAAAUUUGAUGUAAAAGUAUAUACAAUUUCUGCAUUCCUUAUUACAAUGUUUAAACAUCUUUGUAUUGACUAUAACAAAAACUCCCACCCAGGGGAUCAAAUUUUGAUUCAGAUCAGGUCAGAUGUUGCAGCAUUGUGAUUAUAAUAAUCACCUAAGGAAUGCUCAGAUUAGAUAGCCUUUAUGAGAGAAUUUGAGGAAAACUGUGGUGGGAUUGUAGAAGAAAUUUUAUAUUUCAGGACUAUAAUACAAACUUUUUACUAUAGUGUUAUUUUAAAAUAAGUGAAAAUUGGAGAUAUUCUUAAGGUUAGUAUAUUUAAAGCUUUUUUUUUUUUUUUUGACCUUCCAAAUAUUAUGUUGAUGUGAAAUGAUUGUUGAAAAUAAUUUCUAUUGAAAUAAAUGUUUACUGACCUUACAAAAAAUCUAAGCAUAUAUAAGAAUAUUUAGGUUUUAUUAGGAAUCUGCAUAUGCACAGUGAGCAGAAGUAUCACAGUUAUACCACAAACAUCUUAAAAAGUAGUAUAUUAUGGCAGCUCAGGAGUGAUGGCAUAUGUAUGAUAGAUUAUAUGCUUUGCUUCAAAUAUAAAUUGACAGUUUAUGAGGGUUUGGAAAGAUACAGUCCCAUUCCCUUAGUACAGAACAACUCAGUAACAGGAAACUGUAUGGAAUGGUGUUGAUCUAUACCGUCUAAUGCAAAGUGGAUUUGUCAAUAUCUAUUCAAAAUGCCUCCUAUAUUUAGUUUAGCCAAGUGCUGAUUCUGAGAUUUUGAAUGGGAACUCAACAAAAGAGUAUUUUAGAGUAGCUGUAUACUGUGUCAGAAGGAAAUAGGCCUCAAAAAACCUUAAUGACACUAAUCAAUAGAAUAUCUUGCUUUGUAAUUUUGAUAGCUGAAAAAGAUACUGCUUUAAGAUAGAACAAACUUUUAUUACUUAAUACAUUAAAAUAGAGGACUAUUAGGAAUUGCAGAAUAGCUUAACUACGUUUGAUAAUUUGAAAGCAGGAGGCAGAAAAAUUCAACAGUAGUAAGAUGAAAGUGAAAGUUUCACACAAUUUUGGUCAGAAUCUCUAGGGGAGAAUAAUAGCUGCAGAUAACUUAAUAAAAUCAUCUCCACUCAAAUGUUGCAGUAGUUAGAGUCCAUUAUUAAAAAGUCUGAAUGAAUUAAAAAGACUGAAAAAUGCUUCACCAAUCAACAAAUAUUUCUGUACUUGUAAGAUUACAUGCAAUGAAUAAAAGUGCUUAUGUUAGGAAUGAAUUAAUGAGCAAAACCCAAUGACUGAAUAAACCUAAUCUGUAAAAGUUAAAUGGAGCUCCUCAGGUUUCUUCUGGAGUACCUUCUGUACAGUGACUAUUUGAAUCUCUUUGUAAAUAAACUGCUUAAAGGGCACUUAUUUUUCUGAUCAGUGCAACUCUAAUAACAUUUUAAGUUAAUUUUUUUAACCAAAGAGAAUUCUUUUGACAAUUUCCUCUGUUUCAUUGAUGUUUGCUCAAUAAUAAAUUUCAGUAUCCUGAAUUUGCAAUAUUAUAUGGUAGAAAGAUCUGUACUAUGAUGUGCAUUAAAAAUGUGAAUAUUUAGUUGUACUGACAAUGAUAUAUGUUACUGGUUAAGUUGUUGGAGAUACUCAUCAGGGCUGAAAAACAGUGCUUACCCAUCAUCUUAGCAGUCUGAGGAAGGAGAGAUUAGAUGAGAAAAAAAAAUGUAUCAUUUCAUAGAAAUGUACAGCUUAAUUUUAAAAUAGUUAACACCAGAAAUGGCUUCUAGUAUUCAGUGUAGUUUGUACAGUUUAAAGAAAUACUAGCUCUCCAGUGCACCCAGGUUGCCUUCCAAAGUUGCAUUAAGAGGUAACAGUGAAAGCUUUUCAAACAAGUUUUAAAUAAAUACUAAACUGUCCAAUUAA